AUGGCGGCACCAGCCCCGGGGCCUGGCGGAGCCUCUGGUGGCGCUGGCUGUAGCGGCGGCGGCGGCGCGGUCGGCGGCUCGGGAUCCGGGUCCGCGGGCGCAGGGGGCCGGCUGCCCAGCCGGGUGCUGGAGUUGGUGUUUUCCUACCUGGAGCUGUCCGAGCUGCGGAGCUGCGCCCUGGUGUGCAAGCACUGGUACCGCUGCCUGCACGGUGAUGAGAACAGCGAGGUGUGGCGGAGCCUUUGCGCCCGCCGCCUGGCAGAAGAGGCUCUGCGCACGGACAUCCUCUGCAACCUGCCCAGCUACAAGGCCAAGGUGCGUGCUUUCCAACAUGCCUUCAGCACUAAUGACUGCUCCAGGAAUGUCUACAUUAAGAAAAAUGGUUUUACUUUACAUCGAAACCCCAUUGCUCAGAGUACUGAUGGUGCAAGGACCAAGAUUGGUUUCAGUGAGGGCCGCCAUGCAUGGGAAGUGUGGUGGGAAGGCCCUCUGGGCACUGUGGCAGUGAUUGGAAUUGCUACAAAACGAGCCCCCAUGCAAUGCCAAGGGUAUGUGGCAUUACUGGGCAGUGAUGACCAGAGCUGGGGCUGGAAUCUGGUGGACAAUAAUCUACUACAUAACGGAGAAGUCAAUGGCAGUUUUCCACAGUGCAACAAUGCACCAAAAUAUCAGAUAGGAGAAAGAAUUCGAGUCAUUUUGGACAUGGAAGAUAAGACUUUAGCUUUUGAACGUGGAUAUGAGUUCCUGGGGGUUGCCUUUAGAGGACUUCCAAAGGCCUGCUUAUAUCCAGCAGUUUCUGCUGUAUAUGGCAACACAGAAGUGACUUUGGUUUACCUUGGAAAACCUUUGGAUGGAUGACAGUGGCUUUCUUUGGAUGAAAAACUGAAUGGAGAAGAUACCUGCUUGUGGAAAGUAGAAUCAUGAAGUGACAGUGUCAUACAUGCAUGCCCAAGAAACAUCCUGAAAAACACAUGAAAUUGUUAACUGGAGAAGCAACUCUACAGCAGAGAUUAUCUUAGUGUUUCCUCUUUCUACUGGGCCAGAAAAAUCCUCAGGGUUGCAGUUGGUUGAGUGGGCAGUUGACAUAUGCAUGUUGCAACAGAUUUUGUCUCUAAGUUAGCAAUGUGUUAUUUCCAACUUUUAAGGUGAGAUUUUAGAGAUGCUAUAAAAGGGAUAAGAUAAGGAAAUAGCAAGAUUUUUAAGUAGUGUGUUUGUGAAGAAAGACUGAUCCUGUUUUACAACUGCCUGUUUUUUCUCCAGACCCUUUUUUCCAGCCAGCUUGACUAUUAGAAAAGUAUGAAACUGGUUGGGUUUUAUUUAAUAUUUUUAAUAUAUUGAGAAGCAUGGUCUGCCUGGACUGCACUUCUCUAACAGUGAGAUGUAAAAUUGUGCAGCUAUUUUAAAAGUUGUAUAUAUAAUAAGUGUGUAAAAAAACCUGUAAAAACAAAAACAGGACAAAGGGGUUGCUUUGUUCUAGUUCAAUUUCUUAAAAACCACUACAUGGUACAAAAUUAGAAUAACAUUUAGGGAAAAUUAGGUAACUACAAAGAAGAGGAUUAAGAGGAGAUGUGCUGUAUUGGCUCAUUUUUAAAUUAAUUUGGCUUACAGUUUCCAUAGCUAUUACAGUCUGGUUAUUUUUCUUUUAAUGAUCAAAAUUAUUGUAAAGAUCCUUCAGUCUCUUGAGUUUAAGAUUGAGGGAAGGCAAAUCUAUUUCUAAUCAUACAUGUAUCAGUAGUAAUAAGAAUAAUGUGCAUCUUAUAGUAUCUGGUUUUAUUUUUUGGCCUUCUGAGAAAGUAUCUCAUAACAACACAGAACAUUGCCAUUUGCUCUUACAGGCCUCAAAUAUGAAAGCUGUUAGUCACAGACCUAAGGAAGAGAAUUAAUGGUCCUUUUACUUUGUAAUUUCAUAAUGCUAUAGAUAUUAUAAUUUUUUUUUUUAAUUUUAUAUUGUUUACAUCAUGGCAACAAAUCUAAGCCUCAGACUCUUCAUUGGGGUUAUCAAGAAAAUGUUUACUCACCCACCUGAAACAGUGCCAGCCUGAACCCAGGUUAAGAAUGUUCUUAAUCUCAUCAUAGAUAAUUGCCCCCAUGGGACUUGAAAUAAAAUACCUUGUGCUGAAAACUUCAGGUUGGCAAUAUUUUGAAGGUUUCAUUGUAGAAGAGCUUGACAUUAGUUUUUGACUAAUAAAUCUGAUUUCACUAAUAUUCUUGAGUUAAUCUAACAUACAUGAGCAGAGAUUUUCUUUUGUUAUAAGAGAAACAAACAUCCUUCCGUAUGAAAGUAUAAAUGUAUGGUUUCAGAUGCAUCUUUGUGAUAAGAAUUGACUAAGGCAGAUGAAAUCUUUGCCUUUUAGGUUAUUGCUGUGCGUAAUUUUGUUUUGAAUCUAAUCAAAUUAGAGAUACCAAGCAGCUGGCUGGGGUUCUUGGGUUGCUCCCUGAGAGUUAUGCUUAUCAGUACUCUCAUGAAGCAGGGGAUUUCAGCCAUGAACAAAGAUUUAUUUUUGCCACCUGACAGGUUUACAAAUAUUUAUUGUGUAUUUGGUAUGUUGCUUAAAGGUGAAAUCCGUUAAAAGUCCUUUUCAAUAUCCAUGUCAAGAAGAAACCUCCUGAAAAACCAUAUUUAAUAGUACAGAGUAAGACUAUAUGUUAAAUGUAUUAGAGAAUAUAGCUGCUACAGAAAUUGAUUUUUCUUGGUGUAGAACAACUCAAUUUAAUUGGCAAAGUUUAAAAUUUAAAGAAAACUGGUUCAGGAUGAAGAUUGAUAAAUGAUAAAACAAUAAAGUCCCUUAUGUGCUUGGUCUUUUUUCAGGGUAUGAUAUAGCCAAUUCCAAGAGCGUUUGCGAGAGUUUUGUUUAUAAAUUCUGUUUUGUCUUAUUAGUAAACAUUCAUUUGUAACAAAGUUUUGAAGGUGCUGAAUGGAAAACAGAAACAUGGGGUUAUUGCACAUUGAACCUAGAAUCAAAUAAUUGCCUAAAUAUUUAACAAAAAGCCAUUCUUAUCUCAAAACUGAAAUUCUCUAAUAUGCUAUUUGCAAUUUUAUAGAAUGGAGGUUCAUAUUUAGAAUGAGCAUCAGGGGAAUGAAGAACCUUCAUUUGUAACUUGGUAAAGUAUUUUAUUACUGGAUACCAAUAGCUGUACAGAGAAUAUUAAACCAAACUAUUACAAUGUUCAAGGAAAAGGAAUCUCUUUUUCGUUGGUGCUGAGAGAGCAUUCAGGUAGAAGAUGUUGCACCUGAAAGUUGACUGUCAGUCAUCUAAACCAGUGGUUCUCAAACUUAGCUGUACUUUGGAGUCAUCUACAUUUUGAAAAAUCUUGAUGCUUUUAGGGUCUCAUACCCUAAAAUUCUGAUGUUGUUCUGAUGUUGGACAUGGUCAUAAGGAUUUUUUUAAGCUUCCUAGGUGAUUUCAAUAUGCUGCUAAGGUUGAGUUUUAAAUUCACCUUAAGUUUUCUCAUCUGCAAAAUUAAAAAAAAAAAAAAAAAAUCCCUGCUCCCUUCACUACCUCACAAGUAUAUUGAGGGUAAAGGAGAAAAUAAUGGGAAAGUACUUGUGUGAUGGAUAAAAAGUGCUAUUGAAAGGCAAAGUAGUAUUUGUUGUAUUUCAACUGAAACUAUGAUCAGGAAAGAAAAAUAUGUAAUUGAAUUUACUUUGUUGACUUGGGAAACCGGGAGCGUUCUCUUUGGUUCUUAACUUUAGUGAAGCAUGCAGAUGUGCAAACACUCAAUACUAUUAUUCAUACUAUGGUCUUCUGUCAUACUUGAGAUAGGCUGUUUUAAUUAUCUGGUUCUACAUAGGAAAGAAACAUUAAGGCUUAAAUUCUGUAAUGGCCAAUGGCUCACAAUUCAUUAAAACUUUUCAUACAAGGA